GACGAGGGAGGUCGACGCGCUCUGCUCCGGUACCUCGCACGGUGCGAUUAUAUAUAAAUAUAUAUAUAUAUAUAUAUAUAAUACCCAAUAGACUAUAGAUUCAAUUUGAUUAUACAAGAUAUGUAAUCAUGGUGAGGUCACGUGGCACCGCACGGAACCAAAGACAACAAUUAUGCCGUUGUAUAUUAUUUUAUAUUUAUGGAAAAGUUCUCUGGCUAAAGUUAAGUACGUGUAGCUGAAAGUUGUUUCUAAAUAUAAUAUUACAUACGACUAAAUUUAUUAUGUUGGCGGCAAGAUAUUGGUGAAAUGAUUGAGUGAGAAGUGAUAAACAAAGGAUCUUAUACGCGAAUGAAUAGUCAUCAAAAUUCCAUUUAGGCGAAUACAAUAUUCAGGGCCAGAUGAAUUAAACAAAGUUUUUUUUUUCUCGAAACUGUCUACAAUAGAUGAACCUCAGUUCAUGUUGCGUCAGCCAAGUGUGUGUUUGUACACUGCCCCAUAACUGACUUCAACACUGCCGCCGUAACACGCUUUCCCACAUAUAUAUUUUCAUUCGAGGAAAACUUGACAAGAAUGUAUACAAUUUGCGUAGCUUAAGCUGCUGGAAAUGAGGAUUUUAUAGUGUGGUGAGAUGAUGAUAGAGGCAAGUAACACAAGAGUGGCCGCGAGGGCCUCACUGGCCUGGUGCCCGCUUACCCAACAUGUGACAAGCUCAACCUUCUACGAACUAAUAGGCAUAAUGGAAUCCCCAUAAAAAACAAUACAAAAAUUGAAUGAUCCUUGUACUCCUGGGCCGAGGCGUGUUUGGGUUGUAAAUAAUCUCGUGGCAGCGGAUCUCGUAUUUUUUAUAUGAAAAAUAUGAAUGCUUAAGAUGUCUUAGAUAGGAGAAACACGUAACUUCCGAGGUAACAAAAACUUUGACCAUCAGAACAGGUAGGCCAUUAGUACAAUGUAAGGCUCCUCGUCUGUCCAGCACCUUCAAACAAAGUAUAUAGUUCAUUCAUCUUGUACGACCCAGCCUGUAAACCCGUCCCAAAUACGAUGGAGCUCUUGGGCCCCGUCCUCGACUCCGAGAGGACCUGGAAUGUCAGUAGCAUCUAUGUCCGAGAUAUGGUGUGGAACGGCACCAGUCUCGAGUACGAGGAUCAGACGAUGAACAGCUCGUAUUCUGGGGUGACGAACGGAACGAACGUCACUGAAGAGUGGGAGGAGAACAAGUACAACCUCCCAUGGUGGCACCAGCUGAUAUGGUCUGUGUUCUUCGGUGGUAUGGUGGUGGUGGCUACUGGAGGCAACCUCAUUGUCAUCUGGAUAGUGAUGGCUGACCGUCGCAUGCGUACUGUUACUAACAUCUUCCUGGUGAACCUCUCCGUGGCCGACGCUAUGGUAUCCACCCUCAACGUGGUCUUCAAUUUUACCUACAUGCUGAACCUUCACUGGCGCUUCGGGAGGAUCUACUGCAAGAUCAGUCAGUUUGUGUCGAUACUCUCCAUCUGCGCCUCCGUCUUCACCCUCAUGGCCAUCUCCUUCGACAGAUACAUAGCCAUCAUGCACCCGCUGCGGCCGCGGAUGGGACGGAAGGCGACAAUAAUGAUCGUGGUGUGGAUCUGGGUGUCGUCCACCUGCCUCUCCAUGCCCAACAUGCUCUUCUUCACCACGGCGGCGCUGCCUCUCAGGGACGGCAGUGAGAGAGUCGUCUGCUACGGUGCCUGGCCGGACGGCGACCAGGGAGACAGUUACUCCGAGUAUGUACAUACAGUGGUGUUGAUGGUGUUGACCUACAUACUACCCUUGCUGUGUAUGGGGUUCACGUACGCGAGGAUCGGCUUGACGCUGUGGGGCAGCCGCAGCAUUGGGGAGCAGACGCCGCGGCAGGUGGAGAGCAUCAGGUCGAAAAGGAAGGUGGUGAAGAUGAUGAUUGUGGUCGUGACGAUAUUCGCCAUCUGUUGGCUGCCCUAUCAUGUCUGCUUCAUCCUCUUCAAUCUGAUGCCAGAGAUCGCCCACACUGACUACAUCCAGGAGACCUACCUGGCCAUCUACUGGCUCGCUAUGUCCAAUUCCAUGUACAAUCCCAUGAUUUACUGCUGGCUUAACAACAGGUUCCGCAACGGGUUUAAGAAGGUGUUCUCCGGGUGGUGUCCCUGCGUCCACUACGAGAGGGACCCGACAGAGGUGACCCGCGUCCACACUACCAGGUUCUCCUGCUCUGGGUCGCCUGAAACCCUCCACCGGAUAGCCUGCGAUGGUUCAUCACACAUCUCCAUGAAGACAUACGUGACGGACACAGGUGGUGGAGGUGGUGGCAGCAACGGUGCCAGACAGCAGCAGCCGCCGGUCAGGGUGUCCAACGGUGCCAACGCCAGGAAGGCCACCAACGGUGCCAACGCCAGGAACUACGGUGGUACCUUCAACGCACCAAAGGUCUCCAAGUACGCCGCUGUCUCCUACCAGUACGUCUAAGGCCUCCAGCGGACCUCCUCAACUAGUCCUCAAGAAAAUAUUGACCGUGCUGAGACUUGGGUCAAUACUUGAUAUAUAAAAUGUUAUCAAAGAGACUGGAUGAUAAUGGGAGAUAUUUUGUAUAUGUCGGGGCAAGAACGGAAUGGGGCCGAGUUAUAACUCUGGAUGCCGGUUAAGUCAAAAUUUUUAUAUCAAUGGUUUCUAAUUUUGUAAAUUAACAUUGUAUUGGGUCCCUGUUUAGAGAGGACUUCGGGUAUAAGAACCAACUGACCAACAGCUGGUUACUGUAUUCAUGUUCUGCAGUGUUCUAUACAUGUUCCACACCAGGGGGCAGGAGGGUACACUGAUAUGGUCCACACCAGGGGGUAGGAUGGUACACUGAUAUGGUCCACACUAGGGGGUCAGGAGUACACUGAUAUGGUCCACACUAGGGGGUCAGGGGUACACUGAUAUGGUCCACACUAGGGGGUAGGAUGGUACACUGAUAUGGUCCACACCAGGGGGCAGGAGGAUACACUGAUAUGGUCCACACCAGGGGGGUAGGAUGGUACACUGAUAUGGUCCACACUACGGGGUCAGGAGGAUACACUGAUAUGGUCCACACCAGGGGGCAGGGGGGUACACUGAUAUGGUCCACACCAGGGGGGUAGGAUGGUACACUAAUAUGGUCCACACUAGGGGGUCAGGAGGAUACACUGAUAUGGUCCACACCAGGGGGCAGGGGGGUACACUGAUAUGGUCCACACUAGGGGGUCAGGGGUACACUGAUAUGGUCCACACUAGGGGGUCAGGGGUACACUGAUAUGGUCCACACCAGGGGACAGGGGGGUACACUGAAAUGGUCCACACUAGGGGGUCAGGGGUACACUGAUAUGGUUCACACUAGGGGGGCAGGAGGAUACACUGAUAUGGUCCACACCAGGGGGCAGGAUGGUACACUGAUAUGGUCCACACUAGGGGGUCAGGGGUACACUGAUAUGGUCCACACUAGGGGGUCAGGGGUAUACUGAUAUGGUCCACACCAGGGGACAGGGGGGUACACUGAUAUGGUCCACACCAGGGGGCAGGAGGGUACACUGAUAUGGUCCACACCACGGGGCAGGAGGAUACACUGAUAUGGUCCACACCAGGGGGCAGGAUGGUACACUGACAUGGUCCACACCAGGGGGGUAGGAUGGUACACUGUUAUGGUCCACACCAGGGGGCAGGAGGGUACACUGAUAUGGUCCACACCAGGGGGCA